AUGAGACUCCCAAACGGUUCCGCGAUCACGCUUACGCUCUUGGCGUCGAGUCUCCAGCUGGUCACGGCUUCAAGUCAAGGGCAGGAGGUCGCCGCCUAUCCGGCUGGUUACAAGGGUUACGAGGCGCAGGCGCAGCCUGACUACCCAGAGCAUCCGGUCAAUGAACGGCGUGCCGGCUACGAGAGCCACAAGCCGCAUCACCCGUCCAAAAGUCAUCAUAGAUCGAAGGGCGGCCAUUCAAAGUCCAAAGAUGGUCCAAAGCUGGAUGUCCACGACAAGAGGUUUAAACUCUUUAAAAAACCUGGAAAGGGUGACGCUCGCAGCGCGUGCCCCGGUCUGAAUUCGCUUGCAAACCACAGCUUUCUGCCUCACAACGGCAAGAAGCUUACUGCAACCGGCAUAGUGAAUGCAUGCUUCCACGGCUUGGGCAUGUCGCCCGAGACGUGUUCGAUCAUCACGCUGAGCGGGUUGCUGGCAGCCAAGCUGAGCGUCAACACGGUUUUCGACCUCCCAGACGUCGACCGGACGUCGUGGGGCAUUGAGCACGAUUGCAGCUUCUCGCGCAAGGAUGCCGCCGAGGGCGACAAUGUUCACUUCAAUAAGCGCAACUGGGACGUCGCUCUCAAGGUGUUGAAACAUUGCCAGGAAAACGGCAAGAUCAGCGCCCGAUGCCUUGGCAAAGCAAGGGCCGCCCGUGUCAAGGAUCAGAUGAGAAUAAACCCGACAACCAAUUACGACAACAAGGCGGCCGGCCACAGUGCGGUGGAAGUGGCCCGGAUGAUCCUUACCAUGGGCGACAAGCAUGAGGGCGCGGAACUCAAAUACAUCAGGUCCAUCUUCGAAGAGGAGAGACUCCCGGCUCAUCUUGGCUGGAAGCCAAAGGCCUACACUUGCGGUGUCAAUGACGUCCUUGAUCUUGCCGUGGAAUCACAGAAGCCUGACCCGAAGAUCUUGCAGCACACAAGCAAUGGUAUUGUGCGCGACAGACUUGACAUCUUGAGGACUCUCAGGUCGGGCAAGAAGGAUUUCCUGCAGCAAGUGAAGAAGCUCGUCGUCAAAUCCGGCUUCCGCAAGCCUUCCGUUUUUGAGUCGUUGGUGAGGCUCGACAAAGAGGUCCAGCAAAGAUUCGGGAAAGACGUUGAGAACACCAUCGACGCCGAUCCCAAUCACUAG